CAUUCCGACCACCACGGCAACGUCAGCGGGCCCCGCGGUCCGACCAUCAGUCUACGCCGCCCUGCCGGGUUUGCCGGGUUUCCAGAGUGUCGGCGUAGGGGCCUUUCCCGGCGCGAGGCGUACUAUGCCGCCGCACAGCUCCGAUUCGCCAGCCAAGAAGCAAAGCAAAUGGUCAGCCGAGGAAGACUCGCUGAUCAUAGAGCUCCGAGGCAGCGGGAUGAAGUGGGACGAUAUCUCGAAGCGCCUCCCAGGCCGGAGCCCGAUCAGUUGCCGGCUUCAUUACCAGAACUAUCUCGAGAGGCGGAGCGAGUGGGACGAAGAGCGCAAGAACAAGCUUGCGCGGCUGUACGAAAGGUUCAAACCGGAAAUGUGGGCCAAGGUAGCCGAAGAAAUGCAGGUACCAUGGCGAGCCGCGGAAGCCAUGCACUGGCAGCUCGGCGAAUCCGAGAUGGCGCGGCGUGCGGGUGUGGUUCCCUUCUCUCUAGCGGCUGGGGGCGGAGACAUGCCGCCACAAGUCCAUCAUCGAGCAUCACCCUCGAGAGGGCACGCGCACUCGCAUUCGCAGGGCAGCAUGCCGCGUGAGAUUUCGGGAAUUCCGUCCCCGCGGUACAACAGGGGUCCGGGUCUCGGCACCGCCCACACCCCUGUUCCCGUGUCAAUCCCUCCACCCCUGCCAGCGGGACGGGGUUUAGCCGCCCGGCACGAGAGCUUGCCUCCGAGACACUUGGGACAGUCGGACCCACACGAAGGCACCGGCUACGGCCAUCCGGGGUUCGGGCUGGCGCCGAUUCACACCGCCGCACAAGGUCGCGGGGGGUUGCUGCCCAGCGUCGCCGAGCUCACCACGGGAGUGAGCCCAUACAGCACGCCUGCCUACUCGGCCGGCGUCGCCAGCGCGAGCCCAGUUCACAGUGGAACUGCCAGUCCCGGACCUCCGCUGCCCUCGCUCUACUCCUAUCCACCACUCGAGCCCGUCGGGGCGAAACGACCGGCCAGCCCGGAGAUCCCUCCUCGAGAGGCGAGCCGCCGCCGACAUCUCGACCCGCGACUGGACGGAGGCGGCCCCUCGGGAUCACGGCGUUCGACGUGACAAAACAUCAAUUGUCAGGGGACACAAGACGCGAAUGACCAGCCGUGCUAGGGAAAACUGAUUCCAAGAGUCGAGGUGGCGGUUUUCCAAAAUAACCACAACAUGAUGGUGCUUCACUUGUUUCUCUUUUUGUUUCCCCUUUGACUGGGGAAGCCGGUCAUCACGGAGCAAGCAUUGAAUUUCCUCCCUUAUUUUCUAUUCUGUCUACAUUUUUAAUC